CCCCAAAUCCAAUCAUCGCCAUCAUCCACCGCUCUCCUCGUCCUCCACCUUGGUUCAUCGGUUCUAUUUUCCUGCCACCAAAGCAACCAAUCCAUCUCUUUUAGCUGCCCCCUCUUCCCCCUUUGACCGACUGCUUCCCUCUCGCCGCCCUGAGCAACCUCGGCAGGCUUCAGCUACUAGUACCGGAUCCUGAAAACUAAGUUUUUUCCAGCAUUUUACAGACAAAAUGUCUUGGUGCACUAUCGAGUCUGAUCCCGGUGUUUUCACGGAGCUCAUACAGCAGAUGCAAGUGAAAGGCGUGCAGGUUGAGGAGUUGUAUUCAUUGGAUCUUGAUUCCCUGAACAAUCUUAGGCCAAUUUAUGGAUUGAUUUUCCUCUUCAAAUGGCGUCCUGGUGAAAAAGAUGACCGUGUUGUAAUAAAGGACCCAAUCCCCAAUUUGUUUUUUGCUAGUCAGGUCAUAAAUAAUGCAUGCGCAACCCAAGCUAUUCUGUCUAUUCUUAUGAAUUGUCCAGAUGUUGAUAUUGGUCCAGAACUAUCAGCUUUGAAAGAUUUCACCAAAAAUUUUCCACCUGAGCUGAAAGGUUUGGCAAUAAACAACAGUGAGGCGAUUCGCACCGCUCAUAAUAGUUUUGCAAGACCAGAGCCCUUUGUGCCUGAAGAGCAGAAAGCUGCUGGAAAAGAUGAUGAUGUCUAUCAUUUUAUUAGCUACUUACCGGUUGAUGGUGUGCUCUAUGAGCUUGAUGGCUUGAAGGAGGGACCUAUUAGCCUUGGGCAAUGCCCGGGUGGCCACAAUGAUAUAGAGUGGUUACAAAUGGUGCAACCAGUGAUUCAGGAGCGGAUUGAGAGGUAUUCGAAGAAUGAAAUUAGGUUCAAUUUAUUGGCUGUAAUAAAGAACAGGAAAGAGAUCUAUACAGCUGAACUCAAGGAGCUUCAGAGGAGAAGGGAGCGUAUCUUGCAGCAGCUGGCUACAUUACAAUCAGAGAGACUGGUGGACAACAGCAAUGUUGAAGCACUAAACAAACAACUAUUAGAGAUAAAUGCUGGGAUUGAGGGUGCAACGGAGAAGAUACUGAUGGAGGAGGAAAAAUUCAAGAAAUGGAGAACUGAGAAUAUCCGUCGAAAACACAAUUACAUACCCUUUUUGUUCAACUUUCUGAAGAUUCUUGCUGAAAAGAAGCAGUUAAGACCUCUAAUAGAAAAGGCCAAACAGAAAACAGCGAAUCCAAAAUAAAGCUGUAUACUUUUCGUGAGAUAGGUGACACAUGGGUUGUCGAUCUGUUUGAAUUUAUGUCAAUUGGUCAAAAUUGAGAUGUAGGUUUCCUGUAAAUCUCAUCAUCCCAUGACCUAACGGGAAAAGUGUCUCAUAGACAGGUUAUUUGAUUUUUUUUGUUGUAUUUGCCAUUUGAGACCCGGAUCCAGUGUUUACAAUUUCUUGCCUCGUAGAAUUCGUCAAUUAACAUGCUCAUGGCUUUAUUUA